UUGCGAAACCAAAUAACACCUAUGUAGGACGUAUACAUUCUCAAAGGACUCAUUUAAUCCAGAGCCGAAUUUUUUCGUUUUUUUCAGAAAUUUAGAUAAUGUCCACAAUCCCAGUUUUUGAAGGUUUUCAAAUUUAUCCAACUCAAUCAAAAAAAUAUUCAAUGGAACAACUCUCUCAAAAACUUCCUCAACUUUUUUCUAAUAAAAAUGAUCGAGUGGCUCAAUUUGAUGAACAAAUGGAACUUAUAUGGUUUGGGUAUGAUUUUUUUUAG